GAGAGUUUCAUCGGUGGAAAUGACAUCAGGGUGAAUUGGGGCGGUGUAAAUUUUGUUGAAUAAUAUUUCAUCAUUUUCUCUAAUUAAAAUACCAGCCGUAGUCUACUGGCUCUUGUUAUCACUGUUCAGUGGAAACAAUUAGUAAAGAUUGAGCGCAGAGAGAGAGGGAGAAAGAACAUGAAGCUGAUACAACGUUGUAAAACUUUGUUGCAAGCUUACAACUUCCGAGCUGUGGAUCUGCAUCAUUCAUUAGCCGAAAAUCCAAGAACGCAUUUAAAACGCGGUUUUUUUGCUGCUACCUCAUCAUGUGCUUAUGACACAAGAGUUGAAUUAUUCUCCCAGGAACAGAGGAGGAUGUGUUUUGAUACCCAUGCUUUAGUUCUGGAGCUGCAGAAUAAUGGUUUUCCAAAAGAGCAAGCAGAGGCAAUAGUUACAUUAUUAGCAAAUGUAACCUGUGCAAAUAUGGAAUCCACGUACAAGGAUUUGGUAACUAAAGCACAGCAGGAAAUAAUGCUGCAUCAAAUCAUGGCCCAUUUAGACUCAAUAAGAAAGGAUAUGGUUAUUCUGGAGAAAAGUGAAUUUUCAAGUCUGAGGAUGGAAAAUGAGAAAAUAAAAAUUGAAUUGGAACAUGUGAAACAACAGCUAAUGGAUGAAGUUAAGAAAAUCAGAAAUGAUACAAAACUGGACAUGAACUUGGAGAAAAGCAGAAUCAUGGACUCGUUUAGAGAGCAAGAGAAGCAGUUAAUGACAUCUAAAAAUGAAUUUACUGAACUGAAUUCAGACACUGACCGUGCCAUAACAGAAACGAACAAAAAAAUUGACACAGAUGUGGCUUCACUUAAGACCAUGUUGGAAUCUCUUAAACUGGAAACAAUGAGAUAUCUUGCAGCGUCUGUCUUCACGUGCCUAGCAAUAGCCUUGGGAUUUUAUCGCUUGUGGCAAAAAUAGAAAAUGAAAGAUGACCUUCAGCAAUGACUAGGAAGAAACUCCUGAAAUGGAUCCCCUGCACAAUCAUCCUGAAGAAUUCCAAAUAAUACAUUAGGAUUUUUCCUGGAGGGAGAUAAUUAGCUGGCAGUAUAAUUGUUCUGCUGCAGUAGUUUGGGGAACUAUUAAUGGUGCAUUUUUAUCAUGCUUACAGAAGAUUUCAAAACAGUGUAGUGACGGAAUACAAAUCUCUCACUGUUGAUUGUAAAGGUCCUGUGUGAAGUUUUUGCAUAUUCGUAACACGUUGCCUGACCCAUGUGGGCUCAUGGCACAAAACUACAUUUUUUAGCAGCUGCUUGAAAUGCUAUAAAUGCAUUGAGCAUACUGGGUGUUGUAUUAAGGCUGGAUACCUUAGUCUUUGUCUAUAUAUCUUACACAGCAGUGAUGCUGAUGCUAGAAAUGCAGUGUUUUUGCAUUUUGUUUUGUUUCGAUAAGUACUGCAAAAUAGCAAGAACUGACAGGCUGGUAUGUAGCAACAGUUGCCAGGUAACCAUGGAAACAACUACAAUAUGGGUGGAAACAAACAGCCAGUUAUCUUGCUACAAGGCAUUUGUUUAUUAAAUGGAUUUCUAUUACACUUGAGAAAUGGCAGCAAUUAAACUACUCUUCAGAGAAUUGGCAAAAAUUGACAGUUUGGAACAAAGUCAGUUUCUGAAUAAGUACUUUGUUGUGGAGAAACCGUCACGGUAAAUAACAUUUUCUGGAAUAAUUAUUUCAGUCAUAUCACUUUUUAACACCAAGGAUAAAUGCUGCUUUUGAACAUGUUUCAAAUAUUAAAUGGCAGGAAAACCAAAAACUGGGGAAGAAUUAAAGGAAGGGAUUGUAGGCAGUAAUUUCAAGGUUUGCCACUGCCUCUAUUAAUGUGGAGAUAGCGCAUUAAAUGCAGAAUCCGUGACCUGUAAAUGAGAUUCCCCAGCUAAAAUAAGUUACCUGGAGCAUGUGGACAUCCCUAAGCAGGAACUGAUAAAUUUAUGUUAAUUAGGCUCUUUUCUAAAAGAUGUGCAAGUGCACAUUUCAGUAAAAUCACCUCUUUUAUGUUACAAUUAAGUAGCAGAAUAUGUGAAUGCUUACUUUUGCAUUUCUGUAUUUUCUACUUGCCUGUUUGAACUUUACUCAUUAAAUUGUUUCAAGGAUCAUAAUGAAGCUGAAUUUGUUUUGUGUAAUUUAUUUCUAUUCACCAAGGACCAAUGGCAGACAGCUUCAGUCAAAUUGUUCUUGAGGACCAAAGAGCUCAGGAUAAUGAACAUU